AUGUCUUGCGCAAAGUGCCAANACCCCCUGACUCUUGAGGUCGACUACUCGGACGAUGAGGAUGUGUCCAUGGGCGCCGGCUCGUCCAGCGCAGCAGCUCAGAACACGCACACUGUCCCCGACGACGUAGCUCUCAACUGCGGAUGCCACUUUCACUGGUAUGUACAACUCCUUUGUAUGCAGCUCUCUAAGUCAUCUAACCAUGUCCCGUCAAUGUACAGGCAAUGCUUGAUCGACGAAUACCAAAUCACCGAAUGCCCUUCAUGCCACCAAUCCCUGCUCACACCCGGCCCCAACGGAGGUCAACAGCUGCUAUGCACAUUGACCAACGAGGGCGGUGUACAAGAAGGCCUCGAUAUUCUGCCUAUCCUGACCGAGGAGGCCUACCUACAUGCAUAUCCCGAGGACAGAAUCAGCCGCGCUUUCCUUGAGCUCUGCCGUGAAGGCGAUGUCUCUGCUGUUGUGGAUUUGUUGAAGAGCUGCAAUGAACCCGAUUCAGACGACGAAGAUAUGGAUGAUGAACCUGCUAUACCCAAGAAGUCCAUGGACGAGAUACUCCGUUACCAAGACCCUAUUGGCGACAUGCAGUCUGGUCUUCACGCAGCCGUCGCCGGAAACAGCCGUGAGGUUGCUUGGUUGUUGCUAUUGCUCGCCUCUCAACUGUCUGAGAUGGAGUUCCCUGCUCUGGUUUACCAACAAGCGGCCUCAUUGGGCAUCAUGAGAGAGGAUCAAACAGGAAAGGUUGACAUCAGAAGCCUCAGGGAUGGUCAGGGAAGAAGCGCGGAACAACUAGCUGUCGAGCUCGGUGGUGUGUGGCAUGGCUGGCCCGGUAGCGGUCGCUUGUCGGUUUGA